AUGACAUCAGCAGAGGCCGUUAUCGAUGUGAGAGAUGCAAUAAACGCAGGUUUUGACGGCUUUGCCCUGAACACUCAUACAAUCAGCUCAUCAGAUACUUGGAAUAUCAACGCGCUGAACUAUCUCUUUGCCGCUGCAUCAGGAACCAACUUCAAGUUAUUCAUCUCAUUUGACAUGAGCUGGGGCUUGGAUGUCACAAAGCUUGCAGCCUUUUUGGCACCAUACGCCAGCCAAAGCGCAUACUACAAGGUAAAUGGACAAGCUUUCGUUAGCACCUUCACUGGUGGCACAGUCUCCAACGCGCAAUGGAAUUCCGGAUUUAUUCAGCCUAUGACCUCGACGUAUGGUAUCAAGCCAUUCUUCAUUCCCGACUUUGAUGACUUCUCUGGUUAUCCCAAUGGCGUUUUCACGUCCUAUCCUAUCCUCGAUGGUGUCUUCAGCUGGGAAUCUGCAUGGCCAGCUCCCGGUAAUACUCCCACCAAUGUCAGCAGUCAGGUUGAUUCGGCGGCUUUGCAGCAGGCUCGUGCGGCCGGAAAGCUCUACAUGAUGCGUGAGUAG